CCGUUUUUCUCAGUGAGGCUCUGCAGCUCAUUAGUAAGUUCAGUCGAGUAGUUCAGCUGCACACUUAGGGUUCUUAAAAAAACUAUUAUUGUGAUCAAUACCUCCACACAGCUUUGCUAAAAUUCUAAAAUAGUGUUAGUUCGUAUAUAAGCUUAAUUUUUUUAAAGGGGCGUGUCCUCUGAAUGUAUUAUUUUGAUUGUGAACCUGACGUCAGCGGACAGCUGUGCGGUCAAGCACUGGCGCUCUCAGUGCGGGAUGUGCGAGGACAGCUGUCGCUACACUGACCAGGCUGUUGUGGGGUUUUUCGUCCGCUGGAGAGGCAGGCAUUGGGCUGUGUGCCUUUAAGAGAGGGCGGAGUGAGUUAGAGCCCCGGGGCUGUGUGUUGAACACACUACUGAUCCUGUUUAGAUGUUGUCAGGACCUUGCAUCAGGCCAGAUCCAUGUCUCCUCCAGCGUCAGCCUGAAAAAUGAUAGAGAUGUCAUUUGAUAAAGGAACUGUUUUAUCUUGUGAGGGGCUAACAGACCCUUCUUCCCAACAGCACUCAGAACUUACUAGAAAUGAUACCAGCACUCCCCAUCCAUCCGGGAAGACCACAGUUAUAAACCUCAGAAAAGAGUGUGGUGAAGAAGCAGGAAAUGAGACAUCAGUGCAGCACAGAGAGAAAACCGCUGCCACAGAGAACAAUGCUGUGAGUGACAGUGUGUUUGUUGGGUUUGAAUCGUCUACACAAACCCAAAAUGGCACCCAGCAGCCCAAACCUCAACAGCAGAAAGUCAAUAAGCGCCGCAACACUAUGAGCAUUGGAUUUAAACACCCUUGUUAUGGCAAACGACGACGGCGUGCCAACUCAGAGAGCGAGUCAGUCCUGCCAACCAAUUUCCUGCUGGGCGGGAACAUUUUUGACCCACUCAACCUUAACAGCCUUCUGGAUGAAGAGGUGAACCGGGCUCUCAACGCAGAGACGCCCAAGUCCUCGCCAUUGCCAGCCAAAAACAGAGACCCUGUAGAGAUCCUGAUCCCCAGAGAUAUCACAGACCCCCUCAAUCUCAAUUGCCCGAGUGCAGGAGAUAGCAGUCUGUUGGCGUCUCCCUUAAAGAGCAGCGGAGGCAGGCGAAGACAUCGGAACAAGCACCAUGGAGCAAGUGCUGGAGGAGGUGGAAAAGGUUUUGUUGAAGGAGUCACACAGAUUGAAUUACUCGAGUGUGCAACAGUACAAGAUGAUCUCUCCUUGACGCAUUCAGACUUAGGGGUUCAACAAAGGGUGGUUCCUGAGGACCAAAUGUUAUCCGAUGAGACUCUUGAGGCUCGGUGUUCAGAUAAGCCCGGUUUAACCACAAAUGGCGGUGAGGUGAAGGAGAAAGCCAUUGAUGCCUCAACUGCACCUCCAUCUACAAACCCCACCAAUGCUCCAUCAAACAGGCAGCGCAAACGCAGGCGUGCCGGCGGCAGAUUUGAGAACGCAGACGGUUCAAAUGAGGUGAAAAGUUGGGGUCAGAAAUCUGGGAGGCAUUCUCAGCCCUUUCACACCCCAGGGUCGGGCUCUCGUACCGGAGAUGCAGAGAGGCCACAUUGGAGGCCGCCGUACAACAACAACCAGCACCCGCAACAGCCGAAGAAGAAGUUUCAGUAUGGCAACUAUAAUAAAUACUACGGUUAUCGGAACCCAGGGCUGAGCGAGGAUCCUCGUAUGCGUGUUUUGAAUCCCGAGUGGUUCCGAGGGAAAGCCGUGUUGGAUCUGGGCUGUAACACCGGCCACCUGACGCUGUCCAUCGCCAAAAAUUGGCAACCGGCACGGAUUGUUGGCCUGGAUAUUGAUGCAGCGCUGAUACAUGCUGCUCGGCAGAAUAUACGGCACUAUCUCUCUGAGGUCCACACGCAGCAGGCCCGACGUUCUGGGGAAAAUGGGGAGGGGGAUCGAGGGGAUAGGAUGGAGGAGGAUUUAUUAGAAGAAAAGAGUCAGCGGAAGGAGAAAGACGAGAGUUUUGUUGUGAAAGAGGAUGGGGAGGAGAAAAAAACAAAGCAUGUGGAUGAAGUGAACAAAUGCACGGUUGGGGAAGGAAUGGAAGUUGGUCGAGAAGAGAGAGAGGCUGAUCAGCGAGGAAUGAGUGGGAAAAUGGAAGAUGGAGCGUCGGUAAGUCUCUCUGAUGGGAAGCAUUCUUUCCCUGUCUCGCUCCGGAUCUCAAGAGGACCCAUAGCUGGCCCCCCUUUGCCUGAGAUGAACACAAACAGUCUCCCUCCUGGAGAUUUCCCUGCCAACGUGACCUUUGUCAAGGGGAACUAUGUGCUGGAAAGUGAUAUGCUGGUGCAGAUACAAAAGCAAGAGUAUGAUGUGAUCCUAUGUUUGAGUGUGACAAAAUGGGUCCACUUGAACUGGGGUGAUGCUGGACUCAAGCGGCUCUUCCACAGGGUCUACAAUCACCUGCGGCCAGGAGGACUCUUCAUUCUAGAGCCCCAACCCUGGAGCUCCUACAGCAAGAGAAAAAAGCUCACUGAGGACAUCUGUAAGAAUUACCAUAGCAUCCGGUUAAAACCAGACCAGUUCUCCUGUUACCUGACUACUGAUGUGGGCUUCUCCAGCUACGAGCUCAUCGGAACUCCACAAAAUUACUCUAGAGGCUUUCAGAGACCAGUCUACCUUUUUCACAAAGGACCCUCGCCUCAGAAGUGACACCACCAGUUUGACUUUGAAAUCCACAAAUUUGAAGAUUUUGGAAACAACCAGCAUUUGAAGUCACUGGAACUUUAAAUUGAGAUGAGACAUUCAAUAUUGUGAAAUGGAAUCUCAUUGGUGCUGAAUAGGAUUAAAUUUUCCCCUGCCAUUGAAAACAAAGGAAAAUUUCACAAUUUUGUUUUUUCAAGGACUCUACUGUAGAAUUUUAGCCUCAGAUCAAAGUACUCAAACAAGAUGAUCUCUCAUAAAGGACGGUCUCAUGAAGAAGCACAAAGUUAAAUUCAAUUCAGUCAAAUCCCAAGUAAUUCUUGUUAAAGGAUUAGUUCACUUUCAAAUAAAAAUUUCCUGAUAAUUUA